CAUAUACUCUCUCUCUCUCUCUCUUCACCGUCCACUACUUCCUUCAUGAUAUUUGUACUUUCUCUAUCUGUAUGUAUAAAAGUGAAUCCACAUAUUAUCUCACAACUGUUCCUACUCUCUCAUCUCAAAAACACUAUAUACCUUUUCUCUUUUUCUCUUCCAUCAAUGGCAGACCCUUACUCCAAUUUCUUCUCUUCAAAUUUCUUUCAAUUCAACCAUUACCCUUCUUCAAACCCUUCACCCCACCACCACCAUCACAAUCAUCAUCAUCCUAAUUAUCUUCACAACUUCAUCAAUCACACAUCCUUCAACAACACUAACAACAACACUUUUUUCCACUACCAUCACCAUCACCAUCUUCACUCUACUACAUCUUCACCUCCUUCCCCUCCUUUAAAAGAAGCUCUUCCACUUUUGAGCCUAAUCCCUACAAAACAAGAAGAACAUGAAUAUCAUAUUCAUCACCAUCAUCAUCAUGAAGAUGAACCCCUCUCUUUAAUGGAUGUGGAAGAUAAAAAUCACAAAGUAGAUGAAAAGGAUCAUCAAGGUGUCACUGUUGCACUACAUAUAGGGUUACCAAACCCUAGUGCUGCUGAGAUUGCAAAUAUGAUGAUAUCUUCAUCUUCUUCUGAGACUAUGAUCAAUGAAAGAGAUCAACAACAUCAACAUCAACAUCAACAAGAACAACAACAAGGAGAUGUUAUAAGUGAAGAUUCAUCAUCUUAUGAUUUGUUGAGUAGUAAUAGAUCAAUGAACAAGGGUCAAUAUUGGAUCCCUACACCUUCUCAGAUUCUAAUCGGUCCUACACAGUUUUCUUGUCCAGUUUGCUACAAAACCUUCAACAGAUACAAUAACAUGCAGAUGCAUAUGUGGGGACAUGGAUCACAAUACAGAAAAGGACCAGAAUCUCUAAGAGGUACACAACCAACAGGUAUGCUAAGGCUUCCAUGCUACUGUUGUUCACCAGGUUGCAGGAACAACAUUGAUCAUCCGAGAGCGAAACCGUUGAAAGAUUUCAGAACACUUCAAACACAUUACAAGAGGAAACAUGGAAUUAAGCCCUUCAUGUGUAGAAAAUGUAGCAAGGCUUUUGCUGUAAGAGGAGACUGGAGAACUCAUGAGAAGAAUUGUGGGAAGCUUUGGUAUUGUCUUUGUGGUUCUGAUUUUAAGCAUAAGAGAUCACUAAAAGAUCAUAUAAGAGCUUUUGGAAGUGGUCAUGCUGCUUAUGGAAUUGAUCGUUUUGAAGAAGAAGAUGAACCUGCUUCUGAAGUAGAACAAGAUAAUGAGUCCACUCAGACUCAGUAGUAGUAGUAACUUGAAGAACUAUGGUUUUAAAUUUUUAUUAAUUUAAGUUAAUUAUCUUAUGAUCAUAAUGAAUUUGUGAAAAA